AUGCAAAGGACAGAUGCAAAGGUAGACAGAGUGCUAACCCUCAUAUGCUUAGAUCAAAGACUGAGUGUGCGAAUGAUGGCAGAAGAAUUGAACAUGAAAAGGGAAACAGUGUGGCAGAUUGUAACUGAGGACUUGGGAAUGAGAAGGAUUUCCACAAAGAUGGCACCUCGAAUCUUAAAAGAAGAUCGUCCUAAAAUGUAA